AUGGAAGGCUACAAACUCUCUCCUCCAGUAGAUUGUACGAAAACGAUUGACACAAAGGAUUUGAGAGGAAAGACUGCCGUCAUCACCGGAGGUGCAUAUGGAAUUGGCGAAGCAUACACAAGGGCGCUCUCUGCUGCAGGCGUCAAUGUAUGCAUCGGGGAUAUGGACUCCGAAGGUGGUCCGAAGUUGGCAUCGGAGCUUGAGCACGCAAAAUUUGUGAAGUGUGAUGUGACUAAUUGGGAAGAUCAGCGUCGUCUUUUCACUGAAGCUGCAUCUUUCACGGGAAAGGUGGACUAUGUUAUCGCUAACGCAGGCAUAUGUGCUCCCGAUGAAGUUUUUACUUUCGCAGGCAAGGGCCAGGAGCCCACGGAACCAAAUUUGAAAACAGUUGAUGUCAAUCUGAAAGGGACAUUGUACACCACCAAACUAGCUCUUCACUACUUUGUAGAACAAAACGAGGAGAAGCCAUCGCCACAGCAAGAGGAUACAUGCUUAGUGCUGAUCGGAUCUGGGGCAGCGUUUCUGGACUGCCUUCGUGGACCUGUAUACCCGAGCACAAAGUGGGCUGCGCGAGGCAUCAUGCAUUCCCUGCGAAGGACAGCGUUCUACCAUGGCAGCCGAGUCAACGUCAUAUCUCCAUGGUACGUCAAGACGUCGAUAUUGUCUGCGGAAGCUUUCGAGCACGUGGAAAAGUGCGGAGUACAAUUCGCGGAAGCAGGAGAUGCAGCAAAUGCUCUAUUGCGAAUCUUGUCUGAUCGAACAAUUAACGGCAGAUCACUCUUUGUCUCGGCUAGAAAGUGGGCACCAGCAGGGUAUCUGGACUUGGACGUUGAUGAUUACCCUGGAAAUGAGCUGAUCCAGGAAAUUCAGGUGGAUCAGAUGAAAGCAGCUCCUGUGGACGAAGGCUUGUUUCUGCCAUAG